GGAAGUGAGGGUGGUUGUGGCUCGGAGGGUAGCGCGCGGAACUGCUGCUACUGAGGCAGUGGUGGAGGCGCUGAGGCGGUGGCAGCGCUGCCGACCCUGGGCCGCUCGGCCUCUCAGCUCGCCUCCCAGCGUCGCCUGAGCCCGCCGGGGCCCGUGCCGGCCAGCGCCUGCCCUAUGAGUGUGUCACUGGUUGUCAUCCGACUGGAGCUUGCGGAACACUCGCCCGUCCCCGCCGGCUUCGGCUUCAGCGCCGCGGCCGGGGAAAUGUCUGAUGAGGAGAUCAAAAAGAAGACACUAGCUUCAGCCGUAGCCUCUUUAGAAGGAAAGUCACCAGGGGAGAAAGCAGCAAUCAUACAUCAGCACCUUGGCCGUCGAGAAAUGACAGAUAUGAUCAUUGAGACCAUGAAGUCCAAUCCAGAUGAGCUGAAAGCCACAAUGGAGGAAAGGAAGUCUUCAGAAGCAUCUCCUACUGUACAGAGAAGUAAAGAUCCAAGUGUAGAGUGCGUAAACGCUGCUCCUGAUUCUCCAUCCAAACAGCUUCCAGACCAGAUUUCGUUCUUUAGUGGAAACCCAUCAGUUGAAAUAGUUCAUGGUAUUAUGCAUCUAUACAAGACAAAGUCCCCACUGGGAAACAGUGAAUACUCAGGUCACCUUACGGGAUCACACCUGUUGAAUAAGAUGACCUCCUUAAAAGAAGAUGUCAGGCGCAGUGCCAUGCUGUGUAUUCUCACAGUCCCUGCUACAAUGACCAGUCAUGACCUUAUGAAGUUUGUCGCCCCAUUUAAUGAAGUCAUUGAACAAAUGAAAAUCAUCAGAGACUCUACUCCAAAUCAGUAUAUGGUGCUGAUAAAGUUUAGUGCACAGGCUGAUGCAGAUAGUUUUUAUAUGGCGUGCAAUGGCCGCCAGUUCAACUCAAUAGAAGAUGAUGUUUGCCAGCUGGUGUAUGUGGAAAGGGCUGAAGUACUGAAAUCUGAAGAUGGUGCCAGCCUCCCCGUGAUGGACCUGACCGAGCUCCCCAAGUGCACGGUAUGUCUGGAGCGCAUGGACGAGUCCGUGAACGGCAUCCUCACCACGUUAUGUAACCACAGCUUCCACAGCCAGUGCCUGCAGCGCUGGGACGACACCACGUGUCCUGUGUGCCGGUAUUGCCAAACACCAGAGCCAGUGGAAGAGAAUAAGUGUUUCGAGUGUGGUGUGCAGGAAAACCUGUGGAUUUGUUUAAUAUGUGGCCACAUAGGAUGUGGACGGUAUGUGAGUCGACAUGCUUAUAAGCACUUUGAGGAAACGCAGCACACAUAUGCCAUGCAGCUCACCAACCAUCGAGUCUGGGACUAUGCCGGAGAUAACUAUGUCCAUCGACUGGUUGCAAGUAAAACAGAUGGAAAAAUCGUACAGUAUGAAUGUGAGGGUGAUACUUGCCAGGAAGAGAAAAUAGAUGCCUUACAGUUAGAGUAUUCGUAUUUACUAACAAGCCAGCUGGAAUCUCAGCGAAUCUACUGGGAAAACAAGAUAGUUCGGAUAGAGAAGGACACAGCCGAGGAAAUUAACAACAUGAAGACCAAAUUUAAAGAAACAAUUGAGAAAUGUGAUAAUCUGGAGCAUAGACUAAAUGAUCUCCUAAAAGAAAAGCAGUCUGUGGAAAGAAAGUGCACCCAACUAAACACGAAAGUGGCCAAACUUACCACAGAGCUCAAAGAGGAGCAGGAAAUGAACAAGUGUUUGCGAGCCAACCAGGUCCUCCUGCAGAACAAACUGAAGGAGGAGGAGAGGGUGUUGAAGGAGACCUGCGACCAGAAGGAUCUGCAGAUCACGGAGAUCCAGGAGCAGCUGCGGGACGUCAUGUUCUACCUGGAGGCACAGCAGAAGAUCAACCACCUCCCUGCCGAGACCCGGCAGGAAAUCCAGGAGGGACAGAUCAACAUCGCCAUGGCCUCAGCCUCCAGCCCCCCGUCUUCGGGGGGCAGUGGGAAGCUGCCCUCCAGGAAAGGCCGCAGCAAGAGGGGCAAGUGACCUCUGGGAAACAGAUGUCCCUGAGACUGUUUUCCCUGGCACGGCGGGGGUGCGCUGGGGCUCCAGUGUGAGGGUAGACCUUGAGCAAGUACAAGUGAGGACGGAGCCGCCGUUGUUUGGGUCU